UUUAAAAAAACAAAAAACAACAACAACAUAGUCUGUAACCUAAGUACUCACCCGGAGCACACACACUCCAGUACAGUAGGUGGCGGUAUGCACCUGUAACGUUGGUUGCGACCCGCCAUGAAUUGAAAAAGAAGAAGAAAAAAGUUUCAGAGGGCUACCUGUCCACAUUUGCCAUUUUUGAAAUUGGAGUCGUUGUAAAUCUUCUAAAGUGACUCCGCCAUGGAUGAAGAUGGACGUGCUUGUUCGAGCAUGGACCCUACAAGAGUUGCAGUGUUGAAAGGAUGGCUCCAUGAGCUGGGCAAACGCCUGGAGAUGCCCUACGUCACCAACACGGUCGGCGGCCCGUCGGUGCGCAGCUCGUACAUCGCCGCCCUCUGCAUCACCCUCAGCAGCCUGACCAGCGUCGGCUUUGGCAACGUGUGCGCCAACACGGACGCCGAGAAGAUCUUCUCCAUCUGCACCAUGCUCAUCGGCGGUCCGCCUGAAAAUCGGGAGAUUUUCGGGAGAAAAUUUGUCCCGGGAGGUUUUCGGGAGAGGUGCUGAAUUUCGGGAGUCUCCCGGAAAAUCCAGGAGGGUUGGCAAGUAUGAACUCAGGCCUAGGCAAUUAUUUCUGACUCGGGGGCCACAUUUAGAGAAAAAAAAAUGUCUGGUGGCCGGUAUGUCUAUUUUUAGGAACCCUAAUACAAAACCUCACAAUAAUGUCUGAUUGAAUGCUAAAAACGUCAUGACAGACCGCCUUAAAAAACGUAAUGGAAUUUUACAUUUUUCUAUGAACGAUAAAACACUGAAUAUUGACAAAAUAUGAACGUCACACCCCCUUUCGAUCGACAUAUUUUACAAUCAAGUGAAACGCAACAAAAAUGCAACAAACAGUGAAAUAUGAACGCGAAGGUUACAAAAUAAACCCACCUAAAAUCUGAUAUAUAAAGCUUUAGAACUUUGUUGUGAAAAUCUCCUUCCGCGUCUGUGGAAACGCUUCCCACCCACACUGCUUGGUGCCUCGUCUGAGCUGCUGUGACGUCGAUUACCAUAGUAAUUAAUUAGAUGACCAUAGUAACCAAUUAGAUGACCAUAGUAACUAAUUAGAUUACCAUAGUAACUAGUAUAUCAUCCAACCAUUGAAAUACUUUGUAUAGUUGUAUAGUUAGAAAACAUGACUGCACAUCAUAAUGGCAGCUACACUUUCCAUCUUAAACAUCUAAAAAAAAUUAUUUGGGAAUGUCCGGCAGGCCAGAUUGAAACGCUUAACCGGCCGCAUGUGGCCCCCGGGCCUUCAUUUUGCCCAGGUCUGGAGUAACUGAUGAGUAACCUGUUCGUUUAAUGAUGACGGCAACAAAUAAUGCAUAAAAAAUAGCAAUGAGCAAAUUCAGAGCCAGGAAUAUCUCUUAAGCAACUAAAACUUAGACUUGGACUUAGACUUAGAUUUCCUUUUUAUUGUCAUUCAAAUUUGAACUUUACAGUACAGAUAAGAACAACAUUUUGUUGCAUUAGCUCAUGGUAGUGCAGGAUAAAAAAGCAAUUAGGUGCAGAUAUAAAUAAAUACAUGGGUUACUGUACAGAUAAAUAUAUUGCACUUUUUCAUAUGCAUCCACGUUUAUGGAUGUAUGUUACGUUGUCUUUUUUAUUCCAGCGAGUUAAUCCAUUUUGGGGGGAGUUGAGGGGAUAAUUAUGAUGCGUUCAAGAGCAAACAAUAAUAUAUAUUAAAUAAUAUACAUUAACAUAAAAAAAAUCAAGGAAAAUUGAGCCACAAUAACUUAACAGCACCAUAGGCUCAGUUGGCAGAGAUUACAAAGGAAAAUAACAAGUUAGCCUUUACGCAAACCAUAAACUGAUAGGUGUGGGCUGCAUCUGGGAACACACUGAUUGGUGUUUCUAUGCAUGUGUGUGUGUGUGUGUGUGUGUGUGUGUGUGUGUGUGUGUGUGUGUGUGUGUGUGUGUGUG